CCCAGGAUUCUCCCCCCCCUCCCAGCAAGAACUCUACGGGGACGACGACAUACAUAUUUGAAGUUCUUGCGAAACUAGCUUGUACUUAUGACGGAGAAGGCUGCCAACCAGCUUGGCGUUUCGCCGAGCGAGCGAUGCGCUAUUGGCAUAUCCUUUGGCAAUUCGUAUAGCUCCAUUGCCAGCACCACCGACGACAGUCCCGUGGUAAUCGCGAAUGAAGACGGAGACCGCCAGAUCCCUACCAUUUUGUCGUACGUCGAGGGUGAGGAAUAUACAGGAAACCAAGCCAAGGCUCUGCUGGUCCGCAACCCGAAAAACACGAUUGUCUCCUUCAAGGACUUCCUCGGACAAGAUUUCAAGUCCAUCGACCCUACCCACUGCCACGCUGCUUCUCACCCCCAAGAUGUGAACGGAACGGUUUCGUUCACCGUCCAGGACAAGGCCGAAGAAGAGGGUCCGUCGACUAUUUCCGUGAAAGAAGUAGCUACGCGAUACUUGCGCCGCCUCCUACGAUCCGCUUCAGAUUACUUGGGGAAGAAGGUCACUUCUGCUGUGAUAGCGGUGCCUACCAAUUUCACUGGGGCCCAGAGGGAAGCUCUGAUCCAAGCGGCGAAUGAUGCCGAACUCGAAGUUCUUCAGCUGAUCAACGAACCGAUCGCUUCACUUCUCGCUUAUGAUGCGAGGCCAGAAGCAAAGUUGGAAGACAAGAUAGUCGUGGUGGCCGAGCUUGGCGGUACACGUUCGGACGUCGCCGUGGUCGCUUCAAGAGGUGGACUCUAUACUAUACUCGCGACGGCUCAUGACUACGAGUACUCCGGCUCUCACCUGGAUAAUGUUCUCAUGGAACACUUUGCGAAGGAAUUUAUGAAGAAGCACCCCAACGUCGAUCCUCGAGCCAACGCGAGAAGCUUAGCUAAGCUGAAGGCCGAAUCCGAGGCAGCGAAGAAGGCUCUCAGUAUUGGUAAUAAUGCCAGUUUCAGCGUUGAGAGCUUGGCCGAGGGCAUCGAUUUCCAGACUACGAUUAACAGACUGCGGUACGAAACCAUUGCACGCAAGGUGUUCGAGGGCUUCAACCGGUUAGUCGAAGGGGUCAUAAAGAAGGCUGGUCUGGACGUGCUCGAUAUCGACGAGGUAAUUCUGUCCGGCGGCACGUCCCACACCCCUCGGAUCGCUGCCAAUUUCCGAUCUAUAUUCCCGGAAACAACUACGAUCCAGGCCCCGUCAACGAGCGCUAGCGCCGUUAACCCUUCCGAGCUUCAGGCUCGCGGCGCUGCCCUCCAAGCUUCGCUGAUUCAAGAAUACGAAUCGGACGAUAUCGAUCAGUCAACCCACCCCGGGGUUACAACUGUCAAGCACAUUACGAACGCGAUUGGGGUUCUCUCACUCUCAGGAGAAGGUGAAGAGUCAUUUACGCCGAUAAUUGCUCCAGAGACCGCCGUUCCGACCCGCCGAACCAUACAUAUCGCGGCACCCGAGAAUGGGGGUGACGUGUUGGUCAAGGUGGUCGAGGGGAACACCCACAUCAAGGUCACCAAGCCGGAGCCUAAGGCGAAAGAGAACGGCAAGAAGGAGGACGGCGAGGGAGACGGGGACGACGAUGAGGAAGACGACGAGGACGACGAUGAGGAGGAGGAGGAGGAGACCCGGGAGAAGGUGUGGAAGAUUGGGAGCGCCCUAGCCGAGGCGGCCAUCCGUGGUGUUAAGAAGGGCAGCAAGGUCGAGGUCACGGUCAAUGUUUCCGGUGAUCUGGCAGUCACGAUUACGACGAGGGAGGUCGGCGGCAAAGGAGGAAUCAGGGGAGUGCUGAAAGCCCCUUGAGAAUUUUUGGGGGAGGGAGAGAAGAACUGCCCGAGAGGGAGAAGAGAGAAUAAUAAAGAAAGCAAAAAUAAGAACAACGACUAGAAGAGGUCGUUGACUUGCAUUUCGACCCUUGCCUUUUUUUCCCUCCCUCUCUUCUCACCUCGCCCUGCCUCGUCUUGACCUCUCGGGACCAGCACGCUUACUUGGCUAUGUACUCCCAACCUUCUCGAUCUACAAACUUUUCUCUGCUUAUCUCUUUUUGGUUUCCGCACACGCCUUAGGCCGUCCGAUGCGUGGAUAGACAGGUCAAUAGACGGGCGGGUAGAGGUAGAUAUACAUCUAGACGGACAGGUGGGACCAGCCUUUUUUGUGUCUCUUCUUCCCUCCUCCUUCUCUUGUGGUGUGAUAGUCUUUUUUUUUUGGCCGAACAACGUGCGUGGUGAAUAAACUACUUACCCCCCCGUAUCCCGCCCAAAAGCUACGCGGGUAAAACGGGCGUGGAUGGGACACUGGAAAUAUGCGAAAGUAGGAAAGGGCGAAGAGGGAACAGAAGAGAGGAGAUAUGCGCAGAUAUAAGGGGAUGAGUGAGCCGAUUUAGAUAGAACAAGGAAGGGGAAAAAAUACUACCCAUUUAUCAAUUUAACGUACGAUA